CUAUACUAGUUAACGCGCCAGGAAUUUGUUUUGUUUUAAUUUCGUUUGUUUUGGGUGAUUUUUGCGUGUUAAGUUUAUUGUUAACCAUGUAUAAGAGGUUUAAGAAACGUACGCAGAAACCUCUAAACAGGAUCGAUGAGAAUACGACCAUGAAAGUGCCUCGCCUGGCAGAGACGACCACGAAUGUUUCCGUGGAGUCUACGUCCGCCGAGAGCGAGGAGAACAUACCCGCCUCACAGGAGCACACGCAGCGCUUCCUGUCGCAGCACAGUGCGAUCCUGGCCGCCACUCUGGGCCGCACUCAAUCCUCCAGUCGGAACAUCGCCACCCUCUCGCGGCAGCCCAACAACUUCUUUGAACUGGUCCUGAUCCGAGCCGGCGUCCAGUUGGACCAGGGCGACAGCCUUGUUCUGUCCUGCGAUCAUGUCUCCAUAGUCUCCAAGCUGCGGGACAUCUUCACGAGUGCCUCGUCGUACACCGAUAAGAUGGAGACCUUCAAGUCGGGCCUGAAUGCAGCCAUGUCUCCCAGUUCCAAGCUGGUGCAGAAGCUUCUAACAGGGUGCACCGUGGACGCCGCUGGCGAGGAGCAGAUCUACCAGUCGCAGAACAGCAUGUUCAUGAACUUCCUGAUGAUCGACUUCAUGCGGGAUUCCUGCGUGGAGGUGCUGCUAAACAAGAUCGAGGAGGUGGCCACCGCGGAUCGCGUCCUCUCAGGCCGGGCAGCCAUGUCAAUGCCCCUUUUGCCCUUGAUGCUGACCCAACUCCGCUACUUGACCGCUUCGCACAAGGUGGAGAUCUACGGCCGCAUCGAGGGCAUCUUUAAUAGAGCUACGGAAUCGGCCAAGCUGGACAUCAUAGCCAAUGCCGAGGUGAUACUGGAUGCCAGUAUGCACGAUGAGUUUGUUGAAUUACUCAACAUCAACUAUUCUAGUACCGAAGAGCUCUUUCACAUGACCACAGUGCAAACCCUGAGCAAUUUAUCGCUGUCAGACAGAACGCAGGCCAAGCUAAGACUGCGGAUUUUGGAGUUUGCCACAAGUGGCCACUGUCCCGAUACGACCUUGCCCCAUCUCAUCAGAUUGCUGCUUAAUAUUUUGAAAAUGGACACAGAUGACAGUGUGCGCGAUUUAAUAAGCAGCCUGCGGGAAAUUUUCAACUCACGUCACACAGCUCAAAGCGACGGCAAAUCGGCCACGAACGAAAAUAAAAAGUCUCAGCUUGAGCUGUUUGGCUUUCUAGAACUCGGCUUAAUACGAUCUAAAAGAUUUUAUCAGGCCUUCCAAAGGUCAUCUGCUAGUUUGUCUGCAGAGGAGUUUACUUCCUUUGAUCUGAUUGUUCUGCUUUUAUUAAUACACGUUAAUGAAGAUAAUUCCUUGUAUAUAGAAAACAUUCUUCGUCGCCGCAUUAAACUGGAGCAUAUUACCGUGAUGAUUUUGGAGGAGGUAAAACUGCACUACAGACACAUCCUCGAGCAGCAUAUAAGCACACUGAUGAACAUCCUGCACGACUUUAUGCGCGAAAAAAAUCGCACUGUGUCAGAUUUUGCCAAGUCUUCGUACAGCAUUCUUUUUAAGAUUUUCAACUCAAUACAGAAAAAUAUUCUAAAGAAAUUGCUGGAACUCACCUGUGACAAAUCCUCGCCCCACCUGACGACAAUGGCACUGGAGUUGCUGCGCGAGCUGCAGCGCAAGAGCGCUAAGGAUGUCCAGAAUUGUGCUACUCUGCUCAUCCCGAUGUUGGAUAGGAUCAGUGAUCUGACCCUUACACAAACUCGCGUGGCCAUGGACCUGCUGUGCCACGUGGCCUUUCCGGAUCCCAAGCUGUCGGCCUGCCUUCAGCUCCAAGAGCAAGUCGAUAUGGUGGUGAAGAAGCAGCUGAUCAACUCCACUGACAAUAUAAAGAAGCAGGGCAUAAUUGGAUGUGUGCAGCUCAUCGAUGCAAUGGCUCGCAUUGAGAACGAUGCGGCGGAGCAUGAUGAUUCCCUAAGGAGCGUGGAAAACGUGGAUUCCUUGCCCGAUGGGCGGGGCAAAAUGGCCGCCAACUUGAUCAUCCGCACGGAGUCUUCGAUUGGAAAUAGCGUAGAAUCUUUAGCUCUCUUCUAUGAAGAACUGGCGACGGUUUUCAAUCAGCGGAAUGAAGGAACUUCCGCCUGUGACUUGGACUACCGAUUUAUUGCCUGGGCCUGCGACGUUGUGACCUUCCGCUUUCAAGCAAGCUUUGUCACCGAAGAUGUACAAGAGACGAUAAAGGGAAUUAAACUGGACUAUCAAAUGAACAUUAAUGAAUUGGACGACACAAACGCCAACACCGAAUCGGAUGUCCUCAACAUUGGCAUAAAUAUAUCAAAAUUGGUUUUAUCGCCCAAAGCCAAAGCUUGCGAGUCCAUAUAUGUGCUGGCGCCUUUGUUCAACUGUGUCAGAGUGCUGUACAAGCACCGCCACCAAGACAGUCUAGAAGGCAUAAAUGCUUUGCUGGGCUGUGCCAUUGUUUUGCCCUCAUUCUUCGAGGAUGAGAACUAUCUGGCCGUCUUCGACAACUUUGAGGCGGAGCAGCAAAAGGACGUUCUGAGCAUCUAUUUUCACACCGUCAAUUGGAUGCGGGUGUCGAUCAGUGCGUUCGCAUCGCAACGCGAUCCUGCCACUAGGAGGCGGGUGCUCUCAAGACUCGGCGAAUUGAUACGCAUCGAGCAGAGGAUUAAGCCGCUCCUGGCUAAAGCGCACGCAGACUUUGUAGCCCCGCCUUACCAAUUCCUGACCAACGCCAAGCAUUCGGUGGUGAACCAGAAACGUGUAGGAGCCAAAGCGGCCGCCAAGUUCAAUGCAACUGUAACUGAACCAGACCUAACUGGCAACCAAACUUCGAUCGUUGACUUUACGAUCAAGGUGGGAGCUUGCAAGACCGUCAAGACAAAGAUAGACUUUGAGCAGAUGUAUGGACCGCGAGAAAGGUACAGACCAAUGGAAGUGGAAAUCAUAAUGCUGUUGGUCGAGCAGAAGUUUGUCCUGAAUCACCAGCUAGAGAAGGAGCAAGUCGGCGAGUAUCUGGGUUUGCUGGAGCUACGUUUUCUACUGGAGGAUAUGGUCCAAAAACUGGAGGCAGCAGUCCUACGUCAACAGGACUCGUCGGAUGCGGAUAGCUUCAGGCCUCACCUGACGAAGCCAGAGGAUUUCAUUUGUGAUUUACUUCCCUGUCUGCACGAGGUGAACAACCACCUAAUCACCCUGGCAGAAGCCAUUGACAAGGAGCUUACGAAUGUCAAUCAUGUGUACAGCAAUCUGGAUCUGUUCAAGGAGCAGUUUAAUUAUAUUAAGUCGUGCUUUGGGCUGUGCGUUCGCCUGUUCGCCUUGUACUUCGCCUGGAGCGAGUGGACAGAUAAGUCGCAGGCUGAGUUGCUACACAAAUCUUUGCUUAAACUGCAGCCCAAGGCACAGUGGAAAAGACUUGAGAAACAAACUGUUCCCCAGCUGGCAACCCUGACUUUCCAAUACUUUUUAAAGUACGAGAAAUCUGUGUUAACUCUUAGUACAGCGGUCCACCUUCACAGGUUGCUGCGCAGCUUGCUAAAGGUUGGAAGUACGCAAAACGAUGCCAGCCAACCAAGGUUUCAACAAGACGAGGAAUUACGAUUACUAUGUGGCAAGCUGUUGCGACGUAAGUGGUUCCACUACUCUGGCAGCCUGGACAAAGGCGGCCAGUGUAAUAUCUAUUUGGACGAGCUGGUCAAGGGAUUCCUCAAGAAAUCGACUACGGAAAGUCAAACAGAACUGCUAAGCGAGCUGGUCAAACAAUGCAGUAUCCUCAACACAAAGGACAAAGCACUGGCUUCCUUUCCAAACUUUAAAAAGGCCAAUUUCCCCCUGCUCUUUCGUGGUCUGUGCGAGGUGCUAAUACACUCCCUAAGUGGCCAAGUCAGCGUGGACAGCCGCAGACUGAACCUUUGGGAGUCCACAGUGGAGUUGCUAAAUGGCCUGCUCAUCAUUGUGCAGCAGGUGGAGCAGCCCCGAAAUUUUGGACUGUUUCUGAAGCACUCGCUGCUUUUCCUGAAGCUGCUGCUUCAGCAUGGCAUGCCUGCACUAGAGUCCAUUGUUCGGGAUGACCCCGAAAGGCUAACAAGAUUUCUGCACGAGCUCCAGAAGGUGACCCGGUUCCUGCACCAACUUUGCUGCCACUCCAAGUCCAUUAAAAUUACGGCCAUCAUCAGCUAUAUUCCCAGUCUGCGAGAGACGAUUGAGACGCUAGUUUUCCGGGUGAAAGCCCUCUUGGCUGCCAACAACUGUCACUCGGCUUUCCACAUGGGGAAUAUGAUAAACAGGGAUCUUCACGGAGAUUCCAUAAUCACGCCGUCCAGUUCGUUUGCCGGCGGGGAGAACAGCGACGAGGAGAUACCUGCAGAUGAUACCAGCGUGGAUGAAACCGUGCUGGGAGAUGUAAUGGGAAUGACCACAGCUAGCGUGAGCACAAGGCCGAGUGAUGGGAGCCGACGGAGCAAGUCCUCCUCCCGCAGCAAAUGCUUCUAAAUGUAUGCUUUGAAGAUUUAAAAUAAAUCCUUUGUUUUGAGCAAA